CCGGCCCCUCCGAUCGCCCUUGCCUCCUGCGUCCAUCUCGAUUUAUGGCCAUCGCCUGGGUCCCCCGUCGUUCCAGCGCCGACAACAGCUUCGAAAUUCUCAGAAACACCCAUCCUCGGCGGACGACGCGUCGAGCGCAACGGGGACGCGUCAAAACGCGGCAUGAGCUGAGAAGACGCGCGGCGGUUUCCCCCAGUCUACGGCACCUGCCCCCCAUUAUGACCCAGUGCUAUGAACGUGCAGAAGAGUAUAAGAGUGAGUAUAUAUAUCAUUUGAACAGCCGCGCUUGCAGCAGAGAGACGUCCGCAAAAGACCUGGCUUGUCGGGUAUCCGCGGGGGAAGUACCGCACACGAUGCCGAGCCCUCAAUAUCGACAUGAUCUGAACCCGAUCCCCCACCCGCAAAAUCGCAGAAGCGGACCAGUACACGAUAUUGCACAUGUCUCCACCCUCACAACUGACAUCCCCCACACGACACGAACAGCAAGACGUCGGUUAGGCCAAAUCCUUCAUGUGGCGUCGUUUUUCGACGCGUUAGGGACUUCGGUAAUGCUCAGUUCGUGUUAGACUUCAUCCCCUCCUCGACACCCACCACCCUCGCGCACCCCGCAUCGUCCCUUUGACCACAUGACAAGUACUCUCAUCCCUUCCGGGUACCUCCUGGAGUAUACGUACGAUGCGAGGCUGCGCGCCGAGUCCCGCACCGCCGCGUCAUCCCGCAUAUACUCAACACGCACAAUCUACUCAUUCCUCAUUGUUCCCUAUUUUCGUCGCGCUCCCAGU